AUGAUGGAAAGAAUAAGAAAAGAGAUGAUCCUGAUGGAGAGAGGGCUGCACAGCCCCACGGCGGGCAAGAGGCUGUCGAAUCUGUCGGACUCGGCGGGCAGCGCCGUGCUGGAAGCCCUCGAAAACUCGCCGCACGGCGGCCGCCUCAGCCCGAGGCUCACUUCCGCCUCCCUGCACGGCUCGAUGGGGGACAUCCCUGCCAAAGGCAAGUUCGAGAUAGACACUUUAUUCAACCUUCAGCACCAGAACAGCGAAAGCGCCGUCGCCUCGGAACUGCCGCCCUCCGACAGCAGGAAGAAAAUCAGCCAUUACUCAGAAAUCGCUCAAGAGGCAGAAAUGAGCAGCGACGCGGAGGUGGGCUGCUCCGCGCUCCGCUCGCCCACCGGCCUGGCUUCCUCCCAGCUGAAGGAAAACAAUAGCAAAGGCUACCCGGAGGGCAGCUCGGCGCCCAGCACCACCACCUCGGCCUCCAGCCUGGGCAGCCUGCACGGCGGGAGCGCCCUGAGCAGCUCCAGCUCGGGAGCCGACCAGGUGCGGCGGUACCGCACCGCCUUCACCCGCGAGCAGAUCGCGCGCCUCGAGAAGGAGUUCUACCGCGAGAACUACGUGUCCCGGCCCCGGCGCUGCGAGCUGGCGGCCGCGCUCAACCUGCCCGAGACCACCAUCAAGGUGUGGUUCCAGAACCGGCGGAUGAAGGACAAGCGGCAGCGGCUGGCCAUGUCUUGGCCCCACCCGGCGGACCCCAGCUUCUACACGUACAUGAUGACCCACGCGGCGGCCACCGGGAGCCUGCCCUACCCCUUCCACUCGCACGUGCCUCUGCACUACUACCCGCACGUCGGGGUGACGGCGGCCGCGGCGGCCGCGGCGGCGUCCGGAGCGGCCGCCUCGCCCUUCGCCACCUCCAUCCGCCCGCUGGACACCUUCCGCGCGCUCUCGCACCCCUACUCGCGGCCCGAGCUGCUGUGCAGCUUCCGCCACCCGGGCCUCUACCAGUCGCCCGCCGCCGCCGCCGCCGCCGCCGCCGGCCUCAACAGCAGCGCCGCGGCCUCCGCGGCUGCCGCGGCGGCGGCGGCAGCAGCGGCGGCCUCCUCGUAUUUAAACGCCUCUAUUGACGAAGACUCGAAAUGGACGCGCCACGCACCGGGCCGGGCCAGGGAAAUUUCCCCGCCACGGGAGCUUUGCCCGCAGCGAGCCUGUAGCUCGCCCGGCCGGGUUUUGAUCUGUUGCCACUCGACCCGCACGUUAGGCGAGGGCCUCUGA